AUUUUGAUGAAAUUAGUGAUUCUAGUUUUGCUUUGCUAGAUGCUCUAUUGUGUAGAUGUAGAUAAAAAUACUUUUUCAAAUUAUAAAGAUGUUAAAACAAUGCACCUUCAUAUAGAAUGGCUUUUAAAUCUAGAUGAAAAAGUAAUAGACGGAUGUGUAGAAUAUAGCUUCAAAGUUUCUGCUAAUCGAUUGUCUGAAGUAAGAAGAGAAUUGUAAAAUAGAUUCAUUUGGAUAUUUACAAAAUGAAUAUAUUGGUUGUAUAUUAUCCUGACAAUGGUCAAGUAUUGAAAUGGCAUGUAGAAUCGGAUAAAGUUCAAACAGAGGAAUAAGGAGAUAAGUUGGUAAUUGAAUUGGGAUAGAUGUACAAAUUAGGGGAUACCAUAAAAUUAAGGAUAAAAUAUUAAAUUGGAGAGGAUGCUCGUGCACUUAGUUUCAUGGAUCCAGAAUAGACAGAUGAUAAAAGUAAAUUGAAUAAAAAAUAGAUUAGAGGCUCCAUAUUUGUUUUCAUAAUGUGAAGCUAACAAUUGCAGAUCAAUGAUUCCAUUAUAAGAUACUCCAAGCAUAAAAUUCACUUAUUCAGCUACAGUGAUAACUUAAUCUCCAUUAAUAAAUGUGUUUAUGAGUGGAAAUAGAUUAUUAAACCAGAAAUUCACAUUAAUUAAUGACUAUAAAAAAGGUUAGAUAGCAAAUAUCUUUUAAUUUGAAUUAAACAUAAAGAUUCCUGCAUAUUUGAUAGCAAUAGUAGCAGGUACAGUAUAGGAAAAAUCAACUGGAAGAAGAACAGCUGUCAUAUCUGAAAGCAAGAAUAUAGAAAAAUAUCAAAAAGAAUUAGAUGAAUUAGAUAAUUAUUUAGGAUAUUUAGAAAAUUAUAUUGGAGAAUAUAAAUGGGGUUCUUAUAAAAUUGUAAUUUUACCAGCAUCAUUUCCUUUUGGUGGAAUGGAGAAUCCUCUUUUAACUUUCGCUAAUCCAACUAUUAUUGUUGGAGAUAAAAGUGGAGUUAGUGUGGCUGUUCAUGAAAUUGCUCAUUCUUGGUUUGGAAAUACAGUAACAUGUAAUAAUUGGUCUAACAUGUGGAUUAAUGAAGGCUUUUGUGUUUUUCUAGAGAGAAAAGGAUUAAAAUAAUUGUUUGGAGAUAUCAAUUUAGUUCAUGUUAACUCUUAAGUUGGAAAUAAUGAAAUGAAUGCUCUUAUUAAGGAAUUUAACUCUAGUCCUGAUGAUUUUGUCAAGUCUUAUGCUAGUUUACAUCCAAAAACUUUAGAUCACAAUGCUGAUGAUAGUUUCAGUGUAUUAAUUAUUUAAUUAUUAGACAAUCCCUUAUGAAAGAGGAUUCUAAUUAUUAUAUUAUCUUGAAAAAUAAAUCAAUGAAACCAGAUUCUAGUAAUUAUUAAAAGCCUGGUUAGCAGAAUAUGAAUAUUAGAGUGCUGAUGAAAGUGAUUUCUAUAGAUUCAUGAUACUAUGGUUAAAACUCAAUCUAGAUACUGAAGAAUAUCAAAACAUUAAGAAAAGCAUUGAUAAUGUCUAUACUAAAUGGGUUUAUGAUUAUGGAUAACCACCUAUUUAAGAGACAUUUGAAAAUCCUGCAUCCAAAGAAGUCUUGGAAUUAGUCAAUUCUUGGAUUGAAGGAGAUGGAACUAAACCACAAAAUUAUUAAAUAUUCGAUGGAUUUAAAUCAAAUCAAAAAUAAUUAUUCCUGUCAACUUUAUAAGAAAAGUCUAAAGAUGUCACUGUAGCUAUUAUGACGUCUUUAGAAGAUGCUUAUCAUAUAAGUGAUUUAACUGAUGCUGAAUUGUUAUUUAGAUGGUAUAAUUUAUCUAUUGUUACCACUUAUGCUAAGGAUAACACAAACCUAUUGAAAAUUAAGAAGUUUGUUGGAUUAGUUGGAAGAAUGAAGAUGGUUAAUCCAAUCUAUAAAGCUUUAGAUAAGUAAUAUACCUUCAUUAUUAUUAUAGAUAAACUGCCACUUAAUGGUAUCAAGAAAAUAAGGCAUUUUAUCAUCCAUUAACAAGAUAAUCCAUAGAAAAUAUUAUCAAGGGUAAAACUAUAUCAAAAUGAUAUCAAAAUAUAAAU